ACGGGUGUUCGGGUGACGAUGGGCAUUUCUGGCGCGAGUGUUGCACUUGUGUAGAUCGAGACGGGUAGACAACUUUGCCUCCGUGAUAACACCGGCCGUGGCCUCAUUUGUUGUACUCCGUGGAGUUAGGCCACGGAACACAGAGAUUCUUCAUGCAGGCAGCCUCCAAACUUCUAAUGGCGCACGAAACGGGUAUGACAUCGGAUUACCGUCAUUGACUAUAAGAGUCUCUCUUUCUCCUGUCCGUUGAUUUCAACAACAAGCUUUGAAAAUAAGUACAUUUAAAAAAUCAACAACUCUUGACUAUCACUCGCAAUGGUAUUUGACUCUACUCUCAAGGGUUGCACUUCGCGCCGGCUGUUACUCAAAGGCGGCACUGUCCUUAUCCACGAUACCAAUGACAACGUCCAAGCUCUGGAAAGGGACGUCCUCAUUGAGAACAACCGGAUCUCCAAGAUAGCUGAGAAUAUUAGCGAAAUAACUGACGCUGAGGUUAUCGAUUGCACCGACAAGAUCAUUUCGCCCGGCUUCAUUGACACGCAUCAUCAUCUUUGGCAAACCCAGCUCAAGGGACGACAUGCUAAUGAACUACUCCUCGAUUACAUGGCCUCCGGCAAUCUACAGUCUUCCAACUAUACGAAAGAGGAUAUCUACUGGGGGCAACUUGGAGGUUCGCUGGAAGCAAUCAAUGCCGGCACCACCACUGUUGUGGAUCAUUCACACGUCAAUGUUUUUGCUGGCGCUGCAUCCACUGCCAUCUCAGCAACUGUUUCUUCUGGUCUGCGAUGCGUCUAUGGCUACUGCGCAACUGCUCGCGUCGCAUCGUGGUCACCCUUCGCGAUGAAUCCGGAUAUGCUUGCACCAUGGGUCAUGGACGAACUACAAGAGUUGGGCGGAAAGGCGCCCUUCGGCAACGGCAGAGUCACGAUGGGUCUAGCUUUUGAUCUUUGGUUCCUACCGGAACAGGUUAUUAAAGAACUGUUCAAGCGUGCCCGAGAAGCCGGUGUUGACUUGGCGACAACCCAUGCUGUUAGCAACCCACAGAUGGGAUCUUAUGACCUCGUUCAGCAGAUCAAGAGUCUCGGCUUGUUAGACAAUCGCAUGCUCUUCAGCCAUCUCAACGGAUACUCUGCUGAGAGCGUCAAGGACCUCGCCGAUGCUGGAGCACGCAUCAGCAGCACUCCCUCCACUGAAAUGCAGAUGGCUCUUGGAGAUCCCGUCUGCUUGAACGAUGAUCUUCCCAAGGCACAAGCUCAGUCUAGUCUUGGAAUCGACUGUCACAGUAACCAGGCCUCCAGCAUCGUUUAUGAGAUGAGACUUGGUUUGCAGGCCUCAAGAGCCAAACAUAACCACAAAUUGAUCGACCAAGGUCUGGCUCCUCGAAAGAUCUCCAAGACUGUACAGGAUGUUUUCAAUCUUGGGACAAUCCAGGGUGCAAGGGCGAUUGGGAGGGAGGGUCAGCUUGGUAGCAUUGCUGAAGGCAAACUGGCUGAUUUGGUAAUCUUUGACGCCAACACUCCCGAACUAAUCUGCGCUGCUGAGCAAGAUCCUGUGGCAGCUGUUGUUCUGCACAGCAGUAUCGGAAACGUUGACACAGUCAUUGUGGAUGGUAUUGUUCGGAAGCGUGAAGGCAAGCUAGUUGGUGUAGCAGUGGAGGAGAGCAUGGUGAAUAUUACGAAGAAACGCUCUUUGGACUGGACAGACGUUGCCAAGGCGAUGAGAAAGUCUCGAGCUGAGAUUCUCCAGCGGGAAGCACAGAAGCAGAAUCUCGACGAGACCAAGAAGGGAGUGAUCAGCAGCUUCAACAUCGACUUGUCAAAGCUGAAGGAUUGAAUGAUCGAGCCAUCCAGACAAAAGCAAAACGCUACGAAGUCGCGAAUGGAUGCAUCAUUUUAACUUCGCUUCACACACCUGAGAGGUGUCGAUUGUUCCAUCACCCGGCCUUUUUAGCAGUAUUUGUUGAAGUACCUAACUGAUCGCCUGCGACUGCCCUGCAGCAGCCACAAUUACUAGCUCAGCAGGAAUCACUACGGCGAGAGGAGUAGGCGCGCCAAGGACAGCAAGUCCGUAUUGACUAGAGUUGAAUUAUCGAUUUGAUCAGUUUAGCGAUCAUUGAAUCC